CUCUUUGCGACCCUGCCGGGAACUGGGCUGUGGAGGUGCACCAGGAUUGGUGGAUUCGGCGAUGUGGGCUUAGCAGCAGCCAAUGGCGUCGCAAAGUUUGCGCUUGCGCACCACUGCCUACCUGCGCUCGGGCCGCCGGUGACCUGAACCGGGUCCACCCGGUCGACUAAGGUUGCCGGGGAAGCGGCAGGUAGCGCAGCAGCGCGGCGGGUGGGCGCCGACUCCCGGAGGCCGCCGUCGGGGCGAGGUGUCCUCAUGACUUCUCCUGUGGACCAUGUCCAUGAUCCUUUUUGCAUGUGUGGUACGGGUGAGGGAUGGACUGCCCCUCUCAGCCUCCACGGACUUCUACCACACCCAAGAUUUUGUGGAAUGCAGGAGACGGCUCAAGACAUUAGCCUUGCGACUAGCCCAGUAUCCAGGUCGAGGUUCUGCAGAAGGACGUGACCUCAAUAUACAUUUUUCUUCUUCGGGGGAUGUGGCCUGCAUGGCUAUCUGUUCCCGCCAGUGUCCAGCAGCCAUGGCCUUCUGCUUCCUGGAGACCUUGUGGUGGGAAUUCACGGCUUCCUAUGACACCACCUGCAUUGGCUUAGCUUCCAGGCCAUAUGCCUUUCUUGAAUUUGACAGCAUCAUACAGAAAGUGAAGUGGCAUUUUAACUAUGUAAAAUCCUCACAGAUGGAGAGCAGCUUGGAAAAAAUUCAGGAGGAACUUGAGUUCCAGCCUCCAGCGGUUCUCAUGCUGGAGGACACAGAUGUGGCAAAUGGGAUGAUGAACGGUCACACACAGGUACAUUUGGAGCCUGCUCCUAAUUUCCGAAUGGAACCAGUGACAGCCCUUGGCAUCCUCUCCCUGAUUCUCAACAUCAUGUGUGCUGCCCUGAACCUCAUCCGUGGAAUUCACCUUGCAGAACAUUCUUUGCAGGUUGCCCGGGAGGAAAUUGGAAACAUUCUUGCUUUUCUUAUUCCUUUUGUAGCCUGCAUUUUCCAGUGUUAUUUGUACCUGUUCUACAGUCCAGCCAGGACCGUGAAGGUGAUGCUGAUGCUGCUCUUUAUUUGCCUGGGCAACAUGUACCUGCACGGGCUGAGGAACCUCUGGCAAAUCCUUUUCCACAUAGGAGUGGCUUUUCUGUCUUCGCAUCAGAUACUGACAAGGCAGCUUCAGGAGAAGCAGUCUGACUGUGGAGUGUGACGAUGACAUUGCCAUGAGGUGAACGGAUCCUUGGAUUUUCUUUUGAGGAUCAGUCUGUUUCCCUUCUUGCUUCUCGACUUCACCUCACGUUUCCAUCCUUGAAGUUCUUUCAACCAGACUGGACUGAUAAGCUGAAGAUUUGGGCUUUUUCACGGGUGCAGUUGAAGGCAUGAGGAGGUCCCUCGAUACCAGCCCUGGUUUUGUGCUGAGUGUUUCUGCAGGAUCCCUGGCGCAGCACGUGACUUAGGACAGCAGGAUCUGGGGCCCUUCAGAAGGAGCAUCAUUUGAAGAUCAGAAUGGAAUUAUUUUGGUCUUUUAGAUUGAAGGAUGCAAUAAACCGCUAGAUUCA